GUCUUGAUUGGUGACUGGUGACUGGUGACGUCCUUCGUAUCACCUGGCUGUCCUGCUGAGCCUCGUCACUCCCUCAGUACCGUCAUCCGUGUUGUGUGCGUGUCCGUGUUUUCAGUGUCGUGUCCGUGCCAUCACAGUUGUCUGCUAGCGAGGUUAUGCAGGACGCAGCGGCUACUCAAAGACCCUGCAUGAUGGGGAUGCCGCUCAAAAAUAGGAAAAUCAAGGUGGAGAAGCCGCGGCCACUUAAACUGUGCACGCUGGGAGACCAAUCUUUGGAGAGCGUGCUGCAGGAGAUGGAUGGGGUGGCACAGUACCUCAACUCCUCUACCUGUGACCGCUCCGCCUACCCUGCUGUGGUGGCGCUGUGUGAAAACCUCAAGAUGUUCGGCCCACAGCUGGAGAAUGUUUACAAAGACCAGCUGGACAAGUGCUACAUCUCUCUGCGUAAUGGUUGCCGUGACGAUCGCCUGAGUCUGGCUGUGCGUUACCGCCUGCUGGAGGUGAUAGAGCUGCGGGCGAUGCACUGGCAGCCCAACGAGAACCUCAUCAACUACUACAAACAGAAGCUGGUGCAGAUCGAGGCAGAGGAGGCAGCACUGGACGAGCAGAACACUGGCGACACAUCCACCCCAGGCACGCCAGGCAUCACCUUCACCCCAACCACCACCACCACCUCUUCCCUGGUGAUGCCCGGCCUGCAGCCCUUCCAGCAGACCAUCUACAGCCAGCUCCCCCAGCAGACACCCACACAGCCCCAGGUCCAGACCCCUGCCACACCAACACUGCUCAGUCCAGGGGAAAUUAUCAAGAAUUCUGGGAAAUUUGCCAAGCCAACUAGAAUCCCGGGCAAGAAUUAUUGUAAAGAUGAAGUGGUGAUUCGCAAUGCUGAUUCUGGAAAAGUGAUGGGGAUAAAAGGACGUCGAGUGCACAUGAUAGAGGAACUUUCAGAGACCAUCAUCUCCUUCCAGCGAGUGGCUCCAGGGGCGAGGGAGAGGCUGGUGCAGAUCACGGGUCCCGCUGAGGAGAAUAUCAACCAGGCCAAGCAGCUGAUAGAGGAGACAAUUCGCCGCAAUGCAUCCCCAGUAAGGAGUGACGAGAGGAGUAGCAGUGGCGGUGGGUCCAUAUUUACUUCCCUGGGUGGGUCCUCCUCCUCCAUCUCCUCUCACACUUCUGAUGAGACUCUUCAAGUCCUUCGCAAGCAGCUGUCUAUGGAUGAGUUAGCUAUGUGGUCCAAGCGCAACACACUGGUGCAUAGCCAGUCGGUGGGGGAGGAGCCACUGGGGGAGUACCGCUACACUGUCACCCGAGGAGCAGACGCCCUCCGCAUCACCGGCGCCAACCUGCACCUUGUCAGGACAGCAAAGUUAGUCCUGGAUGAGUUUUUCAAUGGUGAGCGCAACCUGAACAACAUUGCUGCCCUGCUGGGUGCUGAUGGGGCCUGUGACCACCCCCCCUCUGCUGAGUCCCCCACCACCCCAGGCUGUGCUCCUGGCCCCCACUCCCCUACAACCCCCACCACCCCCUCCCAGUCCCACUACCAGGCCCCGUCACCCACUGCGGAGGUGGACGGCAACACUGACAGCGUGAAGAGCAGUAUGGUGACUGUCCUGCGCCAGCCUCUCUUCCCAUCGUCCUCUAAGGAGGCCAUAGAGAGUGCCGAGUCCAGCUCACAGCCUGGCGAUCAGAGCUCCAAGAAUCGCCGAGCCCUUUUCCAGAAGACCAGCGAGGAUCGAGCCAAUGGGGAGGACAUGCCAGGAGCCACCACCACCACCACCACCUCCACCACCUCCACUACCACCACCACUACCCUGCCUGACGCUGUCCCAGACCACCUCCCAGCAUCACCAUCACCACCACCACGCCGAUUCUAUACUCGUGACUUUUUGGUGAAGUGUGCCAACUCUCCACUGAGUCAGAGAACACCGGUGAACUGGUCAGCGGUGGUGAGGCAGAUGCCCGUGGUGAUGAAAAAGAGCUGGCAGUACCUGGCCGGUGUAACAGCAACUCUGAGUGAGCAAGGCGAGGCGGCCAUCAGUGGGGUGCCUACAUACAUGCAGAAGUGUGACCUGGAGGACGCCUCAGUGCUGGCCACGAGGGAGCUCACCUGGACACUCAUCCGGUCCAUGUCCAUACAGGAGGAUGAUGACAAUGGCAAUGCCUCCUAGUGUGUGUAUGUGUGUCUCAGUGUGUGUCUGAGUGCUCGUAGCUAAUUCGUUGUUGUUACCUAAUUGUGUAUUUACUAAAAUGUGUAUGUGUGUGUCUGUGAAUAUGUGUGUCUGUGUGUUAAGUCUAGUAUGGUAUCAUUGUUUAGUAUAUAUAUAUAUAUAUAUAUAUAUAUAUAUAUAUAUAUAUAUAUAUAUAUAUAUAUAUAUAUAUGUAUAUGGGUUUCUUGAAUCAUACACUUAAUACUCAUAGAACAACCUCUCAUGAUGUUUUAGUACGUAAGCAAAAUUUGUGUGUGUGUGUGUGUGUGUGUGUGUGUGUGUCAUAUUCUUGUGCCUUAUACAUAACUCUUUAUUGAUACAAACUACAGAAUCACGACUCUAUGUACACACUACCACCACCAUUACCACCACUGCUGCCAUCAAUCUGACAGAUAAUGAAGACUCAGCUUGUAUAUUAAUCCGCGUCUCAUUGUAUGUAUAGUAACUCAGGUGUCUGUCCUGACCUCUGUGCCUUGACUUAAUGGUACCUUAUUACUCAGCAUCUAUGCCAAAUACCUCUCAACCACAACCCUCGUCUUCCUACCUACUCUCACUGGUUUCUGCUGCAAAUAUUGAAGGCUGAAACUGUUGCAGAAAUAUUUAGAGUGACUGUUUCCUCAAUAUAUAUUUUUGUAUCCAUUUUCCUUCCUCCUAUUUCCUAUGAGUUUGUGCUUCCUUCCUUCCAUGUAUUGUACUUCCUGUCUCUGUGUCACACUGCUGUGGUGAUUGUGUUGACAGAGAGAGAGAGAGAGAGAGAGAGAGAGAGAGAGAAUUUUACAUAUGACUUCCACCAAACAAUCAGUAACAGAGCUUCUUUGAUGAUAAACUUGAGAGAAGAGAUUAUAUUUGAAUGUGCAGAUGCGCAUUUAAAAUUGUUAUGUGUGUUGCAAUGUAGCGUUUCUUUACUACAUGUUCCUUUGUAGACAAGCCAGAAAGAAAUAGACAUUGGGACCUUUCUGAGUGCCUUCUGCUUUGGUUGAGGCAGUGAAGGGCCCUUUGAACUCAGCCAAGUCUUACUGAGUGGUGUGUUAGAGGCAGCAAGUGAGUGACAAAUGAUGAACUGAACUCUACUAGUAGCAAUAAGCCUUCCUGUCUGGUGUGUUGAGGGUUAGUCUAUUGAGGCUUUCAGUAUGGUGGUAAUCUGGAGUCUGUGAGCAAGGGUUGUAUGGUGUAUAUGUGUGUGUGUGUGUGUGUGUGUGUGUGUGUGUGUGUGUGUGUGUGUGUGUGUGUGUGUGUGUGUGUGUGUGUGUGUGUGUGUGUGUGUCUUUUCAGGCAGUUACAAGAGCAGAACACAGGGUUGUUGCAAUAAUAGUAAUAACUAAUAGUGAUAAUAGUAAUAGCACAAAAGUAAUGAAUGUGAUAAAGAAUUGGGUAUGAAUCUGCAGCAUAAGAGGGUCAGGGUGUGAAGUGAGGUAUUGAUAUGACAAGAUGACACAAACAUGAUUCCUGAGAUGUGAUAAGGCAAGCAGUGAGGUGAUAAGAUAGGGAUAUAGACAGUGCAUUAACUAUCUGUGUGUUGGGGAUAAGAGAGAGAUUUUGAGUAUUAAGAUAAGAUAAGAAAAGAUGGAACAAAAUAAAGGAGUUUGAAAUGAAAGGAGGAAAGCUUAAAGGAAAAGAUAGAUCAAUUUGAUACAAGAAAGGGAAAAGUUAAAAGAUUGUGUAAGCAGGUGUUACUACUAUCAUAUAAGAUUGUGAAAAGGCUUGAAAUUUAGUUAGCAGUUGUUAAGGAAUAGAAAAAGAAGAAUAGAAAGGUGUAGAAGCCAGAUAGAUAGAGAGAGAGAGAGAGAGAGAGAGAGAGAGAUGAAAAAAUGAGUACGAGUGUAUAGAUACAUUGAUGUGCUGUAUGGACUGCAACAAAAAGGCCAUCAUGAGAUCAACACAGCAAGAUAGAAAGGCAUGAGGUAUACCUAUGUACUAAACUGAGACCAGGAAUGGCAGCAUGUAGCCAUCACUUAACAAACUAACAUAGCAACAAGAGAAAGUAUGGUGUAUCAUAACAUGUGUGUGUGUGUGUGUGUGUGUGUGUGUGUGUGUGUGUGUGUGUGUGUGUGUAACCAGAUAUACAUUGCUCUGCCACUGAGUGUGUGUGUGUGUGCAAAUUCCUUCCUUUUCCUUAUUGAAACUGCACUGUAUGUUAACUUCCAGCACAUAGCUAUUGAUGGCUAUUGAUUACUGGGAUGCAGUGUGUGUGUGUGUGGUUUUUACUGGGCUGACAUAUGGCUUGACGCACAAGUUAUGGAGUGUGAUGGACGUGCCAAUGUACAGAUUGAGAUGGUGUGGGCACAGCGGGGGAAGAGUGCUGAAGGUGAAAGGACUGGUGUGAAGGAGACCAGAGCAAACACUGAACAUCUGGAGUCUGAAUAUGGAAGAAGACAAGAGAAAAGGAUGGACAUUAGAGAAGAGAUGGUCCACAUCAGCACAAAGUGGAGAGACCUGUAAACUGUCCAACUUGUAAGGAAAGAGUGGAGUGUUAAGUGGAGUGGUGACAGUGAACAGUGAUGAUUGAUUACAGUUCUACUUAUAAUUAUUUUCCCUGGUGUUUGCUGCUCAUACAAGUGUUUGUGCUAGUUGUUGGUGAUAGUUUUAUAUUGGUUUAUAAUUAUUGUGUUAAUUUGUUUGACAUCAUGAGUGUUUACUGUGCUUAUAUAAUUUUUUUCAGUACUGUUUGUGUGGAAAGGAUGAUGUCAUUGUGUGUGUGUGUGUGUGUUGCAAGAGUCUAAGGUUAGGCACAGCAGUACUUAGUAAUACAGAAUGCAGCUGUAAUAGUGGUAAUAGUAAUAGCAUUAGCAGUAGUACAAUAGUAGUAGUAUUCAGACAUUACUCUGAUUUUUAACUAUUCACUGAAGAGAUUAAUGUAAUGUUUUGCUACAAGUAUGAUUUUAUGAUUCUUAUUGUGUCAUUUUGUCAUGCUUGUACAUAGAUCUCUUCCAACUCUGUUUACAUUAAGAAUUAUAGAACCAUGAGGUGUCAAGAAGUAUAUCUAGUGAGGUUAGACUUUUAAAUAGCAAAUUCUAUGCACUCCAGACACUUGACUCUUUUGGGUGUGCAGUGAGGAUAAACUGUAAAUCCCUCUCCACAUUCUAGGCACUCAUGAUUUGUAACACCUAUAAGCCAGGAGGUGUCAGGAGGUGUGAUGGGAAGCUGAACACAAAUAAGCCUCUUUUCACCCUCCUGACACUUCAUUGUCUUGUCUCAGUGUGUGUGUGUGUGUGUGUGUGUGUGUGUGUGUGUGUGUGUGUACAGUGAGGAGAGACUAAAUCCCACAGACAGGAGCAAACAGUAAAUAUGAGACAGACAGUUAGAAACAGCAAAUAUUUGAGUCAGAGUGGAAGAAACAGCAAAUUUAUGACACAGACAGAGAAAGAAAUAGCAAUAUGACACACAGACAGAGGUAGAAACAGGAUUAACUUCUGCAAAUCCCUUUCCACUCUCCA